UGUGUGAAGUAGAAAAGGAGAAAUACUUUCAACGAGUGACUACAGACGGUACAUGGUGGAGACACAGAAACUUGUCUUCUUAUGUGACCAGGAUGCCUUCAUACACUGUAACUAUUGCCACGGGCAGUCAGUGGUUUGCUGGCACUGAUGACUAUAUCUACCUGACACUGGUGGGGACGGAGCGCUGCAGUGAGAAAACACUUCUGGAUAAACCACUGUAUAAUGAUUUUGAACGAGGAGCGGUGGACUCCUAUGACAUCCAAGUGACAGAGAAGCUUGGAGACAUAGAGAUUGUGAAGAUUGAGAAGAAAAAGUACUGGAUGCAUGACGACUGGUAUUGUAAAUACAUUACAGUGAAGACACCCCAUGGAGACUACAUUGAAUUCCCCUGUUUUCGUUGGGUAGUGGACGAUAAAGAGGUGAUACUACGAAAUGGCAAAGCUCGUCUGCCUCAGCAUGACAAAACCCGAUUGGCAAAACAACACAGACGCAAGGAGCUGGAAAACAGACAAAAGACUUUCAGAUGGAAGGAAUGGCAUCCUGGCUUUCCCAUGAGCAUCGAUGCAAAAACCCAUAAAGAACUACCACGAGACAUCCAGUUUGACAGUGAAAAAGGGGUGGAUUUCGCUCUCAACUACAGCAAAGCGAUAGAGAACCUCUGUGUUAAUCAGUUUAUGCACAUGUUCCAGUCUUCCUGGGGAGAUUUUGCAGAUUUUGAGCGGAUAUUCAUGAGGAUCAAGAACACAAUAUCAGAGUAUGUGAUGCAGCACUGGAAAGAAGACUUUAUGUUUGGAUAUCAAUUCUUAAAUGGCUGCAAUCCUGUGAUGAUCCAGAAGUGUAGAGAAAUACCAGAAAAGUUUCCAGUCACACAUGAAAUGGUGAAAGACUGCUUGGAAAGAGAUCUCACUCUGGAAGACGAGCUUAAGGCAGGAAACUUGUUCAUAGCAGAUUAUGAAGUGAUGGAAGACAUCACACCUAAUGCUACAGAUCCUUGCACCCUGCAAUAUUUAGCUGCACCCAUUUGCUUGCUGUACAAGAACAGUCAGAACAAAAUUUUGCCAAUUGCCAUACAGCUGAGUCAAACCCCAGGAGAAGACAGCCCCAUUUUUUUGCCGAGUGAUGAUGAGUGUGACUGGCUGCUGGCCAAGAUCUGGGUGAAAUCAUCAGACUUUCAUGUGCACCAGACAGUGACGCAUCUCCUGAAGACCCAUCUGAUAUCAGAGGUUUUUGCCAUUGCUAUGUUCCGACAGUUGCCUGCUGUUCAUCCAGUUUACAAGUUGCUUAUACCACAUAUUCGUUUCACAAUUGCCAUCAAUACGAAAGCACGCGAGCAACUUAUCUGCGAAUGUGGACUCUUUGACAAGGCUAAUGGCACAGGUGGAGGUGGCCAUGUAGAGCUCGUUCAGAAAGCCAUGAAAACUUUCACCUAUAAGUCCUUGUGCUUUCCAGAGUCCAUAAAGGCUCGAGGCAUGGACAGCAAGGAGGAAAUACCCUACUACUACUACAGAGAUGAUGGCAUCAGAGUGUGGGAGAUAAUCAAAAGUUUUGUGGACGACAUAGUGCAGAUAUACUAUGAUAGGGACAAAACAGUGCUGGAGGACGAGGAGAUACAGGCAUUUGUAAAAGAUGUCUGCAGCUUUGGAAUGCAGGAUUUUGACUAUUGUGAAUUUCCAAAAUCAGUGCAGAACCGAGAGCAGCUGGUGGACUACCUGACUGUUAUAAUCUUCACAGCUUCUGCACAACAUGCUGCCAUCAACUUUGGACAGUAUGACUGGUGUUCAUGGAUCCCGAACUCUCCCCCCACUAUGCGGAAGCCCCCACCUACAAAGAAGGGUGAGGUGGAUGUAGCAUACAUCGUGAAUAGUCUGCCUGACCGUGGUCGAUCCUGCUGGCAUCUCGGAGCGGUGUGGGCUCUUAGUCAGUUCCAGGACAAUGAGUUGUUCUUAGGCGCGUAUCCUGAUGAACACUUCAUUGAGAAACCGGUAAAGAAAGCCAUGGAGACUUUCCAGGGAAAGCUGGAUGAGCUUUCCAAAGCCAUCAAAAAUCGCAAUGAAGGGAAGAAACUCCCCUACUACUACCUGUCUCCAGACAGAAUCCCAAACAGUGUGGCUGUCUGAGCCUGUAUACCUGCAUACCAUUUACAUCAGACGGCUUAUUUUUCCACAUUCUUCAUUUUAAAAACAUAUAAUGCAUUUUAUAUUUUAUAUAACAUCUCUAAUACAAUUAUGAUUUUCCAUCUAACUAUGCUAAAAAGAAGUAGACCUCGCUUAUAGAUGUGUAUAGACAUGAUUUUAGAACAGUGUAUUAUUGUAAGUUCAUGCCACAGGUGAAAUUCUUAACAAUUUUAUAAAUUAUCCUGUGUUAGUGUUUAGUUUUUAUUUGUGGGUGCUGGAAAUCAAAUAGUCAAAAAGGUCUCAAAAUAUAUAGCUUACAAUUUGAGUUAGUCAAGUCAGUUUAUUUGUAUUGUGCUUUUAACAACAGACAUUGUCGCAAAGCAGCUUUCCUGAAAAAUAAAGUCUUUAAACAUGAACUAAUUUUAUCCCUAAUAAAUUAAUUUAUCCCCAGUGAGCAAGCCUGUGGCGACAGUGGCAAGGAAAAACUCCCUCAAAUGACAUGAGGAGGAAACCUUGAGAGGAACCAGACUCAAAAGGGAACCCAUCCUCAUUUGGGUGAUAAAAGAUAAUGUGAUUAUAAAUAACUUCCUUUUAUAACUGCGUCCUAUGUAGUCACAAAGUAUAAUUGCAUAACCAGGAAAUUCAUUAUGGUUUUAGCAUGAAGUCUGUUUUGUUGAAGUUAUCAGCUGUUAACUGGGACUGUUUCCAAACAGACUUCAUAAUGUGAACAAUCUUCAUAAAUACUGUCAUGAUAUUAAAAGUAGCUCACAAAGUGUCAGUACUUAACUACUACCAUUAUUAAUGGCUAUGUUUACAGCACAGUAGAUAAUUCAUUUGGCUGUUCAUGCACACGCUUCAAUAUUUCCAGAUGCAUUAAGGGUGAAUGAAAUAAUAGGUUGAUUAGUUGUUGACCUAAUAGUAAAGAGUCAUCAGUGAGUGGUUCAACUUAACACUUAUUUCCGGUUUAAAGUUUCAUAAUGAUGUCUUUGAGAGUCAAACAAUUCCAGUUAAAAAAAUCUUGAUUAAAAGUGAAGUGAAAGGUUA